AUGACUGAAAGUCAUUCAAUUCGUUAUUGGUUUGCAUUAAUUAUUUCUACUAUUGUUUCUAUUAUUGUUGCUUUAGUUAUUAUUGCUCUUUCUUGGUAUUUAUUGUGGAAAUUUAUUUUAAGUCGUUUUGGUGUUAUUCGUGCUUUAUUUCAAUUAAAUAAUAACGAUCAACAAACAAAUAAACAAACAACAUCAAAACAAAAAUCUUAUCGUCAUCAACAAAGACCUUCAUAUCAUUAUGUACGUUCUAUACAUAUUCAACGUGAAUCAUUAUGUACACGAAAUGAAGCAUGGUAUCGUUCAUUACCAUUACGUGAAACAUCUCGAUUUUGGUCACGAUUAUUAUCUAUGAAUAUUUAUCCUCGUUCGAUAAGAAAUCCUAUAUAUAAAUAUUUUUGUCGUAUAUUUGAUGCUGAUAUAAAUGAAUGUGAAUAUGGUCCUGAUCAUCUUGAUUAUUAUGCUAAUUUUGGAGAAUUUUUUCGACGAAAUCUUAAAUCUAAUGUACGACCAAUUGAUAAAGAAAAUUUAAUUGUAUCACCAUGUGAUGGUGAAAUACUUACAAAUGGUCUUGUAACAUCAGUUGAAGAUUUAAAUAUUGUUAUUAAAGGUAUUCCAUAUACAAUAAAAGAUUUAUUUCAAUUAGAUCAAUAUGAAAUUGAAUAUUUACAAAAGAAACAAUCGGAAUCAUCACUUUUUUAUGCUUGUAUUUAUUUAAAUCCAGGUAAUUAUCAUCAUUUUCAUAGUCCAGCAAAAUGGAAAAUUAAUGAACGUCGACAUAUAACAGGUGAAUUAAUGAGUGUUCGACCUGAAUUUAUAAUGUGGAUACCAAAUUUACUUUUACUUAAUGAACGUGUAGUAUAUUUGGGUGAAUAUCAACAUGGUUUAAUGAGUCAAACAAUGAUUGGUGCAACAAAUGUUGGUUCUAUAGAUGUUUAUUUUGAUCAAACAUUAAAAACAAAUCAAAAAUUAGAUGAUUAUACAUUUCGUAUAUGGAAAGAAAAAUUUUCAACAAUAAAACCAAUUUAUUUUGAUAAAGGAGAUCCAUUUGGAGAAUUUAAAUUAGGUUCUUGUAUUGUACUUAUAUUUGAAGGACCAUCUACAUUUCAUUUUGUUCGUCAUUCCGGUGAUAAGAUUCGUGUUGGAGAACGAUUGUAA